AUGGAGAAAGUUAAUAUUGCAAAGUUUCAGACUUUGUUUAAAGGUAAUAAUACGAAAGGUAGAAAAAAUCUUCCUGACUACCAGAAGAAUUUAAGAAAAAUGAUCAAGGAGCCUAUGCCAGGAGAGGCUUUGUUUCCUGUUCUUGAAAGUAGUAUGCUCCAAAAAUGUUCACAACAACACAAAACUAGAAAUCCAAGAAAAAAAUUGAGGUUCAAGGUGAAGAUGAAGUAUGCUCAUGAGAGGAAUAGAUCGAGUAUUAUGGAAGCAUCCAGAAUACUUGAUUACUAUACUGAGAAGUGACAGAAAAAAGUUGUGAAAGCCUACAAACAAGCUAAAUGUUCUGGUAUCAGGAGAAGAGUCCGGCCAGCUAGGUUCAAAGUCACUCAAGAUGUCCAUACCUCGAGGAAUGUAUAUUCUCCAGUUGAGAAAAGACUAGCUCCUUCUCUAUUGAGGAGCCCGCUUACUCCAGAAAGUAUAAAGAGCGUGAAAAUGAUUGAUAGUGAGAUAAAGGAGGGAGAUUCUCGCCUCAAAAUAUUCAAACUCUACACAAACUUGAAUUGGGAAAAUUCCAGGAUCAGUAGAUGCAUGUCACCACUUAUAGCAGCCAGUGAUACAAUUUCGAAUCCUGACUUUAAGAGAAAGAUUAGGAGUAGAUGUUAGAUCUUUACAAUGAUAUCAUUUUACAUCACUGUUAGUUACACAACCAACAAGAGUUGUAAGAGAAGAUGAGAUGAGGAAAUGAGGCUACAUUUUUAUAGGCUCUUAGUCUUCUUAGA